CGCUCCACUUGUCCGCGAGAGAGCUGAUCAGCAGCGCCAUCACCUCUCGUGCACCUGCAGCCAAGAAGACGUGCGCGCGCAGCCUCCUGCCUUCAUAUGGUCCGGGUCUGCUUCGGCGACUGUAAAUAAACCGGGCAGGGAGAGAGAGAGAGAAAAAAAGGUUCACACACAACUAACUGCGAAAGGCUGAGGAGGAGGCGGGACUUCCGCCCCGGGAGCAGAGCAGAACUAAACCGGUCCGGCUGUUUAUCUCUUUGUGCAGCCGGAGAGGACCGAGGAAAGGUUGGGUUCUGAUAAGGUUGGGUCAUUACAAGCCACACUAUGCUGAGCUACUUGACGUCAGGAGGCUGCAGACUUCCUUUCUACCUCUUCGCCAUGGUUCUCCCCUUGGUUUCUCCUCACACCCUUAAACGCAAUCAACAUCAGGAGCACAGCCACAAGGAACGACCCAAGCUACUCCUCGUGUCCUUCGAUGGCUUCCGCUGGGAUUACAUCUACCGCGUCCCGACUCCCAACUUCCGCAGCAUCAUGGACGAGGGCGUGAAGGUCGAGUUUGUGGAGAACAUUUACAUCACCAAAACCUACCCGAACCACUACAGCAUGGUGACGGGGUUGUACGCCGAGACACACGGCGUCGUGGCCAACGAAAUGUACGACCCGGCUCUGAACCUGUCCUUCUCCAUGGAGACAGACAGUGUUUACGACUCAAGGUGGUGGGAGCAGGCCGUGCCUCUCUGGGUGACGGUUCAGAAGGACGGAGGGCGGAGCGGAGCGGCCAUGUGGCCAGGAUCUGACGUGCUGAUUCACGGCGUGUUCCCCACUCGUUACCUCCAGUACAACGCCUCAGUUUCCUUUGAAGCCAGGGUGCGGCGGAUUAUCGAGUGGUUCUCCGCGCCUGAGGGGGAAGCCGUGGAUUUUGGAAUUCUGUACUGGGAGGAGCCGGACGAAAGUGGCCACAACCUGGGACCUCAGAGCCCGCUCAUGGACGCGAUCAUCGCCGGGAUCGAUGAGAAGCUUGGGUUCCUCCUGGAUGAGUUGAAGAAGGCCGGGCUGUAUGAGAAAGUGAACCUCGUUGUGACCAGUGACCACGGGAUGGCCCAGCUUUCCCCCGAGAAGAUCAUAGAACUAGACCAGUAUGUGGACAGAGAUUUGUACACCUGGGUGGAUAAGAGUCCAGUGGUGGGAAUCCUGCCCAAAAAAGGGAAGCUCGACGAGGUGUACGCGAUGCUGGCGGACGCCAACCCCAACAUGGUGGCGUACAGGAAGGACAACAUUCCCGAACACUUCCAUUAUCAGCACAACGUCCGGAUCAUGCCCAUCCUCCUGGAGGCCAAGGAGGGCUGGACCAUCAUGCAGAACAGGACCGGACUCUUCAUGUUUGGAAACCACGGCUACAACAACACCUUACGCGAUAUGCAGCCAGUGUUUGUGGCCAGGGGUCCGGCCUUUCGCCAGAACUAUAUCAAGGCCUCCAUGCGAUCUGUUGACCUUUACCCUCUCAUGUGCCACAUCCUGGCCAUCCAGCCUCUGCCAAACAACGGCUCGCUCCUAAACGUCCAGGACCUGCUGUCCUCGGAGCCGACUACUUCAGCGCCCGCUUCGGCCCACUACACCUCUCCCCCUAAAGUCAGCAGGUACUCGUACGCCCCGGUUGUGGGUUCGUUCAUCGGCGUGGUGAUGGUCCUCGGAUUCCUAGUGGUCUACGUCAUAUUGGUGACGCUAAAACAGCGGCCUGCGCUCAAACACAGAAGUUGGGAGAUGUCGCAGCCCUUACUGCAAGAGGACUUACACCUGUAGCUGAGGAAGUUUGAAAGGAUUGGAGAUGGAAAAGAAGAGGGGCGGUCGCUCCCCAAGGUACCCCCCUCGGCCCAGAAGCGUUCUCUAAAUGUUUCCCUAACGCCAACAGAUGUGGUUGUGCAAGCGAAACGUUUAUAGGGUUUGCUUCUGGUGCAGGUUUAAUAAAAAAUAAAAUAAAAUAAAUAAUGUAACCAUGCUUUGAUGUGAAUUUAACUUGAGAUCAUGUAACAAUUUCAGUGUCACUUUCUGCAUAGAGAUUUAGGACUAAGAGUGGAUUUUUAAUCUGUGGUUCUGAGAAGCUGGAACUUUUGGUGGCAAAAACUAUGACUUGGGAUAAUGCAGAGGCAUCAGUAUGCUCAGAUUGAUAAUCUACCAAAGGUGUUUUAUAGUUGAUAGUGAAAGUCAGUUCAUGUUUGCUUGGACAUCUAUCCUUGUAGAAAAAAAAAGUUAUUUUUCUGUGACAAAAAUAAGGAUUUAAAUUAUUCAAAAACAUACAUUUGACUAAAUCAAAGAAAAAUUUGCAAAAGUAGAAAUACCUGCUUUUGCAUUGGCAUGGUCGUUGCUCACACUUAUUGGUAUACUUGGUAAAAAUGUGUGAAA